GAAACAGACUCUGACAGGUGAUGAUGAUGAUGAGCUCCUCCCUCUUCCUCCAGGCUCUGUGUAUGCCGACCUUCCAGCUGUUGGAGCAGCCCAACGGUUUGAGGAAUCACCCCGACACGGUGGACGACCUGUUCAGACUGGCCACCAGGUUCGUCCAGAGGAGUCCCGUCACUUUACUCAGCAGCAGCAUCAUCGUUCACAUCAUCCAGUGCGCCAUCGCCGCCACCUCAUUGGACCACCGGGACGCCAACUGCAGCGUCAUGAAGUUUGUCCGAGACCUCAUCCACACCGGAGUCGCCAACGACCACGAGGAGGACUUUGAGGUGCGGAAGCAGCUGAUUGGUCAGGCCAUGGAGCAGCACGGCCAGCAGCUGGUCACUCAGCUGAUGCACUCGUGUUGUUUCUGUCUGCCGCCGUACACGCUGCCCGACGUGGCCGAGGUGCUGUGGGAGGUGAUGGUGUUCGACAGACCCACGUUCUGUCGCUGGUUAGAAAACGCUCUGAAAGGUUUACCCAAGGAGACGUCAGGAGGAGCCGUGACCGUCACUCACAAACAGCUGACUGACUUCCACAAACAGGUCACCAGCGCUGAGGAGUGUAAACAGGUGUGCUGGGCCAUCAGAGAGUUCACCAGACUGUUCCGAUAGCUGCGACCUUCACACGACACCAGGUUAAAUCUUUUGUUGUCCAACAUUCAGAGGUGACGGCAAAAAGCUGCGACUGCAGACGAGGAUCCAAAGGGACGAGAUGAAGAUGAAGAGGAGGGACUUUGAAUGUGAAACAGGACGAAUCGCUCUGAAGGACUGACAGAGUGAGGACUUGGACAGACUGAGUCCUCCAACCCGACCCCUAACCUCACCUGACCUCACCUGCAGCAGGUGUCAAGUGGGCGGGGUCGGGUCCAGCAAGUGGGCGGGGUCAGGACUGGGAGGAGUUCACUAAGUGAGCUGAUGCGGAUCAGUCCUGUUGGAUCUUCAUCAGUAAUCAAUCGUAGGACGUGCCUGGUCAACAGUUUUUAAGAGAAGAUUUAUUUUUGGGACUUUGGUCGUGAUGUUUUUUGUCCGUGCCAUACAAAGAGCCAAAAAAUUUCCCAUGAUGCUCUUGGCCGAGCGGCUGCCUGUAGAGGCUGAGUGAUGGAGGAUUUGGCGUCACCUUUGACCUUUUUAACUUUGGUUGAAUUUUAGUUGUUUUUCCACAAAGUGAGACAGAGUGAACUCUGGGUAAUGAGACGGAGAGACUGACACCAUGACAUCAUUGGUGAUGUAGCCUUGUUGUAAACAAUAAAAAACAACU